GGCAGAAAAUUGUUUUGGGAAGUUUUAAAGUUAAUAAAAUUAGAUUGUUGGGAAUUGGCUGGAAAUGAGCGCUGGCAUCAAUUGGCGCCCUUUUAUUAUAAGGGUGCCCAGGCAGCGCUCGUUGUGUACGAUGUGCAGCAUCCUCAGAGUCUAUGGACUGCCAAAGAGUGGAUCAAGGAAAUGCAAAAUAAGGUAUCUCGUGAUAAUCAUAGCUAUAAUUGGCAAUAAAUCAGAUCUAUGGGAUGAAUCUUGCAUCGAUUCUAUAGAGGUAAAAAAUUAUGCUUUCGAACAUGGUUUUAUAUUCAUUGAGACGUCUGUUAAAACGGAUCAAAAUAUAAAUGAACUGUUUGCAACAAUAACACAAGAACUGAAGACUAGGAAAACUCCGAUGUGUUACAAAGAAGUAGAAAAAGAAGAAGUAUCAAAGCACAGAUGUGGGUGCAUCUAAAUAGGGGAAUUUUUAACUACACCGAAUCAAACAUAUUUGCUACGUGCAACGGAGGCUUUAUUUAUCACUAUAUUUGGAUUCAACAUCCAUAUUAUAUUGCAAAUAAAGAUUUGCUAUGAAACAAAGAAAGAAAGGAUUGCACAAUAAUAUUACGAAGAAUAAUCAUUUAGUUUCAAGAAUUGAGUCAUCUUAUAAUUGCGAAAUAUUAUAUUAAGAUUGAUCCUAUGUUAUUAUGAUAAAUGUUUUAUUUUUAGUUAUAGUUAUUAUUGAAAUGACACUGACAGACAUAUAUAAAUAUAAUAAUCAUUGGAAUAUUUUUAGCAUUGCUUUCGAUUUACGCUUCGGGUUUCUUUGGCACUGCGCUUUGCUAUGAUGAUUGCACUUAAAGUAUUCGUUUAUGAAUACGUUCUUCCUAUUUAUAAAAAUCUAAUUAAAGAACAUAAUCCAAAUCGACUGAGUAUAAAUAAAUAUAUAAUAUCAUGUAUUGAAUCACACACCGCAAGCAAUAAAAUAUAAAUGCUUUAGAAUCAUAUAUACAAUUCCCGAGUACUGGAAUUGCACGCAUCUAAUUACAUGCUCAGUUUAUGGUUUAAGCUCGUAGAGUACGUAUCAAAAACAAUUAUGGGACGGUCUUCCAGUAUCAAUAAGGUCAGCAGAUUCGAUGUUAUGUUGCUUGGUGAUUCAGGUGUGGGCAAAACAUCAUUACUCAUGCGGAUUAUGGACGAAAAGUCUAUAGAGUUAAAGAAAACAUCAAAUACCACUGGACCUGAGCAAGUGAUAAAGACAAUUGUAUUGCCUGAUGCCUAUAUAAGACUUAACAUUUGCGAUACUCCUGGACCUGAACGUUUUAUUCACCUGCUGCGAACAUAUUACAAAAAUUGUCAAGGUGCAAUACUCGUGUACGAUAUACAGAAUCGAAAGAGCUUUGAAAGGGUUCAGGAUUGGGUUUUUACCCUCAGAGAGGAGAUUUCAUCAGAAUUCGUAAUCGCUUUGGCUGGCAACAAAAUGGAUAUGGAAAACAAUCGGCAUGUGUCGAAAGAAGAAGCUAUACAAUUUGCAACUGCGCAUAACUGUUUAUUUUUGGAGACAUCUGCAAAGAGUAAUGAAAAUGUGUCAUACACUUUCAAAGCGCUUGUAUUGGCACUACAUAAUCAGCAAGAAGAACGCAAUAAGGUUGCAAAAAACCAAGUAUCCAGCAAUGAAGUUGACCCCGAUCCUGAGGGGAGGCAGAAUGAGCAAAGACGAUAUUUUUUUCCUUGCUCCAUCUGUUAAACAAUUCUUUAUGCGAUCCGGCAACGCCAUGUCGCGAAUGCUUUUUAAGAUGGCUGCACUUACGGUCGGCAUAAAUAAGUAUAGCUUACCGUUAGCAAUAAGUAAAGUCUUGAAAUUAUUGCUUUUAUUAACUCAUUCUAGUUUUUAUUUUGAAAUCAUAACUUGAAAUAAAUAGUACAUACUUAUUAUAGUUCUCGAUUACAUUUUUUUUUCAUUUUAAUUUUCAAUUUUUCUUUUACUUUACUCUCGCAUUUUAAUUGUAUAAUAAAGUAUUGUAUAUGUGUAUAUAUAUAUAUUUUUUUUAUGAUUU